AUGAAAUUUACAAGUACUGAUAAUAUAGAAGUGGAUAGACAAGACUAAUAGAAAAUAAAUUCUUUUAGCAGAUUAAAUAUGCAAUAUCAUGAACUAAUAAGAUUAAAUUAAGCGUAUAGAAUGAUAAAAUUAGUAUAGUCGAAAAGAGGAAUUAUCACGUUUAGCAGAUGGUAAAGAUGAAAUGGAAUUAAUGGAUGAUGAUGAGAAGAUUCCAUUUAAAUUUGGUGACUCUUUUAUUAGAGUAAAUGUUGAAAAAGUAAUUAGUUUGGAUAUAUAUUAUAAGGCAAGAACAUUGAUUGAUGAAUAAGUAGUGAAAAUAAAAAAAUAAUUUGAAGAAGAUACUAAGAAAAUAGAAGAGACAUUAAAAUAGAUGAAUAAUUUGAAAGCAAAGUUAUAUGCUAAAUUUGGUAGUCAAAUUAAUUUGGAUGAUGAAUGAUUAUCGAAU